UUGUCUCUGGCAUCAGUUGAUACAACAACGGUCAACGACACGCCAAACACCACUUCUGAUAUGGACACCACACAACAGAUCCUGGGCUGGUACACCAAGCUGUACAGCCGUCGAGUGGAUCUCGUCGGUGAUUUUGCGGGCAGCGAACGGUUCCUGAUCCACGGCGAGUCUCUACUUUUGCACUGCUUCAGCGACCAGCAUAUCGACUUUGAUCCUGGGUAUCAAUUGCUUCAUGCCACUUACACGGUCGAAAAGUUCUUGCACGGUCUAGUUUCUCGGGGUUGCAAUUUCCACGUAGCCUUCUUCGACGAACAUCAGGAUCUCUGUGUACCCCAGGACGUGUCUCCUGCGAUCAGCGAGAAAUAUCUUCUCGCGCGGGCAGCUGUCAUUCGCCACCUGCAAGUCAACUUGCGGAACGCCGAUUCUGAUAUUGACAUCAACGUAUUUCCGUCUGCUUCCUCUGAACUAUUCCAGCAGUACUUACAGGCUACCGAUAUCUACUUCGUGCUAUGCCAUGAUGGAGCCUCGUUCAAAGACUUGCAGAGGAAACCCAUUUCGCAAAAAAGCUUGGACGCCUUCCAGGAUGGAGACGAUAGCUUCCGUGAGCGUCAACAGCGCUACAAAUCAUCCCUCCGUACGCUCAUCUACAGUAUGAUGCAGCAAGGGUACAGCACAGCAUUGAUCAACGGAUUGGAGUGGCAAGACACAAAAGUCAUUACGACAGUGAUUGAACCCUCCCGGUUAAUGACUUUCGGGAUUCCCUCAACAAAUCUUGCCCACAAUGAAGAGUCGAAUGAGGAUCCAUCUUUCGCAAGCAAAUCCUUGCAGACUAUCAGGGCAUCAAGCGAGCAAGUCUUCACAGAGCGAGAGUAUCUUACUGUGCUCGUCGCAUCGAAACUAGCAUCCAAGAGCGAGGUCUAUCACGACCUUUCCGCCGCACUUCUCCGUCACACAGCAUUGCUCUCGGAAGUUCGCCUGUCGGACCGACAUAUCGAUUCUCAAGAGAUCUCGCCAGAUGCUCACAGCUUUGUUCUAGAGUUUUGCCGCGAAGCACGCGCACUUCUCAAACAGGCGACAUGGGCAGAAGACGUCGAGGAGAUCAAUGCCACCUGCGAUGUCGCGGAUCUCAUUGAUGGACGACUCUUUGCCUCCUGCGUUCAGACGCCCACAAUAGGUACUGGUGAGCUUUUCAAGUCGUUGCAAACCGCAGCAGCAUCUUUGGGUGUACAAGGUGAAUCAGAUCAAUCGAAUGGUACCCAAACAGCCUCCAAGGACGCAAGUGCGAGUAAAGACCAGUCGAAUGAGGCCUCUUCAUAUGGCGUCCUGCCAUUCUCAAACAGUGUCUUCGACGAACAUCUUAACCCAAUUAAGCUGGACGUAGAGAAGUCUGCUGGUAGAGUAGAUCCUACAUCAGCAAGAAUCUUCCGUGAGGUGUCACACUGGCAGAACGAGCGACGCAUCGAUCAGAAGCAGCAAGGCCCCCCAGUAAAGGACCCAAAAGCAGAGAAACGCGCUCUUCGCCGCAAUCAGUUCUUCAUGGCGGAAAUGACAUCGUAUGCCGCUAGUCUUACCAAUGCAGUUGGCAAGGUGUUAGAGCCGGAGAUCAUAACCACAGGCGCCAAAUCAAAGCUACCGCCUGCGAAGCCCACUCCCGCUCCUAGCCAGAAACAGGAAAACUCCAAGCCCAAAAAAGAAUCGAAGAACGCGAAAGGCUCGAGGAAGGAGCUCAUGCUGGCGAACAUUGCCGCAGACUCUGAGCGUAAAGACGAGGAGAGCGCUAAGAAGCAUCUGAUGGCUUGGGCAACAUUCUGUGAAGGCUUGAGAAAGCAGGAAGCAGUGUCACGGUACGAGAAGGCAAAGCAAUACUUGAACAACAUCAACGAUGACCUCAAACGACGGACACUCGAAGCAGAAGUGCGACUUUAUAUGCUCAGUGUACUGUUGGAAAUCUGGACAGCUUAUUGCCGGAAGUCGAAGAAAGACGAAGGUAUGCAUGUCGCUGCGCUUAUAUUCGACAUCAUCAGGGAAUUCUCCAAACUUUCUACUGUCACUGGGGCAGUUGCAACACGCCUGAAGCUCACUAUCGAGAGCCUCAAGCUGCCCCCCAUGCAAGUACCGGCACAGCAGGGUGACCGAAAGCUCCCUUUCGAGUUCGCCUUGGAUGAGUCCUCCACUGUAGACCUUUCCGUACCUCUAUCAUCCGAAGAGUUCCAGUUGCUUCAUUGUGGACCGUACUUUGACCGGACUAUGGAUUCGGCACCUGACUCUCGUGUGCCAUUCGAACCAGAUGCGUGGCAGCGCAGGGUUCUGGACGAGAUUGAUGCCCGCCGCAGCUUGCUCGUCAUCGCUCCAACAUCCGCCGGUAAAACUUUCAUCUCGUUCUACGCUAUGAAGCAGGUACUAGAGUUCAACGAACAGGACAUCUUGGUGUAUGUCGCUCCGACCAAGGCGUUGGUCAACCAAAUCGCUGCCGAAGUUCAAGCUCGUUUCUCCAAGCAGUACAAGUACGCCAAUUCAGUCUGGGGGAUCCACACGAGAGAUACUCGUAUCAACAAUCCUACGGGUUGCCAGAUCUUGGUAACCGUACCUCACAUCCUCCAGAUCAUGUUGCUUGCGCCAAACAACGCGAACAGUUGGUCCAAGCGAGUCAAGUGGAUCAUCUUUGAUGAAGUUCACUGCAUUGGUCAAGCCGAAGACGGUCUAAUCUGGGAGCAGUUACUGCUCAUGGCCCCUUGCCCCAUCAUUGCUCUGUCUGCUACAAUUGGCAAUGCUGAGGCCUUCAACGAUUGGCUCGAAUCUACUCAGAAGGCUGCAGGCAACGAACUUGUUAUGGUUGAACACAAACACAGAUACUCCGACCUACGCAAAUACGUCUACACGCCACCCACCGAGCGGGCUGACUGUCUGCCUCUUCCCUCGAAUCGCGCAUUCGCUCAACUCGCUUUGACAGAAGGCUCCGAAUUCACAUUCCUUCACCCUGUAACUAGCUUGACGAACCGAGCACGAGGAAUGCCAACCGAUUUGACGCUUGAAGCACGCGACUGCUUCACCUUGUGGCAGAGCAUGUCAAAGCACCAGACCGCCAAAUUUUCGUUGGACAAAUCGCUGGAUCCAUCUACCACUCUUCCUGAUGUCAUGAGGAAGAUCGAUAUCAUUGAGUGGCAGUCUUCUCUCAAGACUGUACUCCGUGCGUGGAUGGCAGAUAGCGACUCGCCUUUCACAGAAGUUUUGAAGGACUUGGAAGGGCCUUUGGUAAAGUCCAUGCUUGUGUCCAAAAACGGCGGAAGUGCCGAGUCUACCCGCGACGACUCAGAUAUCGAUGAGAUGGAGCUUGAUCACGAUGUCGAGAACAUCUUGCCUCUCUUGGCAAGCCUUAAUCAGCAAGAUGCGCUGCCCGGCAUUAUCUUCAACUACGAUCGAUCUGCUUGCGAGAGAAUGUGUCAGACACUCUUGACUCAACUGACGGACGCAGAAACUGCGUGGAAAGAGUCCAGUCCUAAAUGGCAAGAAAAACUACGAGAUUGGGACGAGUGGAAGAAGGAGGCCGCCAGACAAGAAAAGCAGGGUGUUCGUGGAUCGUCGAAGGGCAUGACGAAGGAGGACAAGAUGAGGGAAGCUGCCAGCCAAGAAGUCAAUCCCUUCGCAUCGUUCGACCCCGACAGACCUCAGGAAGGGUUUCAUUUCGCGAACAACAAGAAAUGCGCUCAAGAGGAGCUCCGUGAGUAUGAGAGAGAGAUGCGUUACCGUGGAGUCGACGAAUGGCUGCUGGAUGGACUCAGACGAGGUAUCGCUGUCCAUCAUGCUGGUAUGAACCGCAAGUACAGAUACGUUGUUGAGAUGCUCUUCCGGAGGGGCUACUUGAGGGUCGUCAUUGCUACCGGAACGCUAGCCCUCGGUAUCAACAUGCCCUGUAAGACUGUUGUGUUCUCGGGUGAUUCUGUAUUCCUGACGGCUCUCAACUUCCGUCAGGCCGCUGGUCGUGCCGGUCGUCGAGGCUUCGACAUGCUCGGAAACGUCGUCUUCCAUGGGAUCUCACUUAGCAAGAUCCAUAAACUGAUCAGCUCUCGCCUUCCUGACUUGAACGGACAUUUCCCAAUCACGACUACACUUGUCCUGAGGUUGUUUGCGCUUCUUCAUUCGUCAGAGAAUUCCGCCUUCGCAGUCCGUUGCAUCAAUGCAAUGCUCUCGCAGCCGCGACUAUACCUCGGCGGAGAGGACGCCAAGAUGACGGUUCUCCACCACCUGCGAUUCUCCAUUGAAUACCUUCGACGCCAGUCCCUUUUGGACUCGCAGGGUGUGCCUCUGAAUUUCGCAGGCGCUGUCAGUCAUCUGUACUUCACAGAGAACUCGUCUUUUGCUUUCCAUGCACUACUCAAAGAUGGAUAUUUCCAUGAGCUGUGUGCAAAGAUUGAUACGAGCAAGGAGGCGGUCCUACGCGAACUCAUGCUAACAUUGUCUCACCUUUUCGGACGGCGCCACUGCAGACAAGCCGAUCAGGAGUCUAUCCAGGUUGUCAAGGGAAGCACUUCGAUUGUGUUCUUGCCAUCUAUGCCUGAGCAGGCCAAAAACAUUCUGCGCAAUCACAACAAGACGACGCUCGAUAUCUUCACAGCAUACGUUCGUACCUUCGUGGACCAACACGUCAAGGAGCCGGACAAUACCCUGCCAUUGACUUCAGUCGUGGUCGGUGGCGAUUCUUCCGUAGAUGGCCUGGCGCAUCGUACACCUACCAAGGUCAGGUCUUCCUUUGUCGCUCUCUCCGGAUCCGGUGAUACAUUCGAGUCAAUCCACGACCUUUGCAGCACCAGUCGCUCUGGCGUUUUCCUGGAAGAAGCUGUUGUGCCCCAUCUGGGGCUCUACCCAGAGGACUCCGACUUGCCACUCAAUGCCUACCUGUACGACUUCUUCAUGCAUGGCAACCCUGUUGCCCUCACCACUGCCAAUCGCAUCCGCAAGGGCGACAUCUGGUUUGCACUCAACGACCUCAGUAUGGUGCUGGCUACUAUCGUCACUAGCUUGUCCAACUUCAUGAAACUCUCAACCGAGUCUGAUCUUGACUUCAUCGACGUGAGAGGUGGAGGUGAUGAGGAAGAAGAGAACAAGGAGGACAGAUUGCUCCCGAGCGAUUCCUCGGUGGCAACCUUCUCUACGGCCGGAUCCGUCGCGUCGUCCAACGUCAGUCAGCAGAAACAAGCGCUUCCUGUUCAGACGAAGAAGUCAAAGAAGAAGGUUGUGGAGUCAUGGGAUGAUGAGGAUGAGUCUGAGGAGGAUGAUGGUGGUGAGAAUUGGGACGACGGUGAGGACUCGGACCAGGAGCCGGUUGCUUGGGAGGAGGGUGCAGGAUUACUGAAUGUGCUCAAGGCGUUCAAGACGCUGAAGGAGGAGUUUGACACCAAGUUCAAGGCUAUGUGGGCUUAGAUGUGGGGUUCACGGGGAUGUUUGCUGAGGAAAGAAAAAGUGGGCAUCUUUUUGGGGCUUUGGUAAUGCCCUCCCCAUGUGUUCGAGGUUGAUGAGAUAACCGUCAGUACCCAUGAAGAAUCACAGAAAAGCGUUGUAGUUAGAAUAGUGUUCUUACCAAGUAAUGCACGGCUAUGACGCGGCAGGGCUACCUAAUCAAAAAGGUGACGACGCUCC